UUUUGAAGAAAAGAGAGGGGAGAACCGAGGGACACAGAAAGCACAUCAGUCGAGUGGUUGACCAUAUUUCUCCCUCCCUUCCCAUCUUCUCCGUUCUCCUUAGUUUCUCGGAGAGCUUCCUUUCUUCCAUGGAUUCCGCCAUCUCUUUAAUGGCUUCUAAUGCCCCUCUCUCCACUCUCUCCACCAUCUCCCGCAGCUUCUCUAGCCUCAAUUUCACCCACCCCACCUCCAUUUCCCCUAUCUCCACUCUUUCCUUCUCGCUUCGCGCUUCUCUUCCUCCCCUCCACCGUCGUCAGAAAUUUAUCUCCAAUUUUUCUUCUGGAAACGGCAAUGGCGGUGUUCGAGGAGAGAACGGCGGCGGUGGCGGCGGCGACGAUGGUGGACCGGACGGCGCCGAUGUCGACUCGAAAUUGCUUGCUGGAGAAGCUGACGACGAUGCCACGCUGUCCGCAGACGUGAUUGUUCUCGGUGUUGGAGGGAUGACGUGCAAGGGGUGUUCUGCGAGUGUCAAAAGGAUUCUUGAAAGUCAGCCACAAGUGUCACAUGCUAGUGUUGACCUUGCUUCUGAGACAGCAAUUGUGUGGCCUGUAGCUGAAGCAAAAAUCACACCCAACUGGAGGGAAGAGCUAGGAGUGGCACUUGCGAAGCAUUUGACUACUUGUGGUUUUUCUUCUAAGGUUCAAGGACAAGGUGCUAUAGGAGGCGAUGUUUCGCUAUAGUAAUGCAAAAGUUCAAAGACAAGUGAAUUUUAUGACACGAUAUGAAUUUGAAGUUCUGCCUGUUUCCUUGAAUUGAACUCAACAAUAAGUGCAGAAGCCAAAGAACAGGACUCAAUUUGUUGCAAUAUGUAUCAAUAAACUAAUUGAUUUCAGCAGUUGACGGUGUAAGAUUGUUUGGAGACUCUUGAGACUGGAAAUCUGGUGUUGUAUACUGUGAGAAGAGUGACAUGUUUCACGUGUAGUAUUAUGAAUAGGAGUACAGUCUUAGAAGCUGAUUAAGAUGUGGUUUAUAUUUGGUUGUUUUUAUAUGCAAAUAACAUUAUCAAGUGUUGUUAUGCUCCUUGUUAAGAAUAUUAACUAGGGGUGUUCAUGGGUUGGAUUGGGUUGAA